AUCAGUACAGUAUCACCGACAUUUCGCACAUAGGAUGAACCCAGAGCCCCUGCCAUUGACACAAUGAUUCUUGGUCGAGACCAUGGCUAUCUCCUAUUGAUUGGCUCGGUCUGUGCCGUCGCCACGUAGCUAUCACGUGUCUGGAUAUUUCUGGGUCUCCUCUCCCCUUAAUUUGAGCAAUCAUUUGUCAUCAUCAUCAACCAACACGGAACAAGACAGUCUCCCAAGUUGUCCACCGCAACGCAGAAAAGGCAGCUUGUAGGAUGAUGAAACCAUGGAUGGAGGGGGCCGAUUGAGGACUGCGAAACAGGAAGAACAGACCCAGGCAUUGUCUUCUUCAUCACCCCACGUUACACCCACGAAAAGCGGCGGCUGCAGCGGCAGUUGUGAUGGGCCAUCGUCUUCGUCUUCCUCCUCAUGGGCGAACCAGAACUGGGACACCCGCGACUUGCCAAGGCCGAUGGAGGGGCUGAGCGAGGCGGGGCCACCGCCAUUCCUGACAAAGACUUUCAAGAUCGUGGAUGACCCAUCGAUGGGCCGGGUGGUGUGGUGGAGCGUCGGGAGGAACAGCUUCAUCGUGUGGGAACCUCACCGGUUCUCAUCCACUCUCCUUCCCAAGUACUUCUGUUGUCUCAAUUAUCAUUUCAACGAUCUACUUCAAGCACUCCAACUUCUCCACUUCAUCCGCCAGCUAAACACCUAUGUGAGUCCUCUCUACCUCUUAUCGGUUUGGGUUUAAUCGAUGAAUCCAUACGGAUGCUCUUACUAAGUAUGAUUGAUGUCAGGACCAUCGACCGUAAGUUAAUUGUGUUGUCUGUUGCAUGUGCAUGGCUUCAGGAAGGUUGCCAAAAUUGAAUAUAAAUCAUCUUAGAACAUUA